GAGCCCCAUCGCUCCCUCACAACCCCACCUCCCCUUCGCCACAAACCACAAACCCUAACCCUCUAUCCCCCUCUCCCCUCGAUCGCUUUCUCUUCCACCUUGUGCGAUGGCGAUUCCGAUGGAGAUGGGGGGAGGAGGAGCUCCUUAUAUUUCUAGGUUUUCGCUCGGAAUCGGAGGAAUCGGUGGGUUGCAAUGGCUUCUUCUUCUUCCUCUACUACUACUACUACUACUACGGACGUUUUGGAGGGUUUGGAGUACACGACCACGUUGGUGGUGGCCGUGGUUUGCACCGUCAUUGUGGUCAUAUCUCUCUUUGUUGAGCGAUUCCUCCAUUACCUCGGAAAGUUUCUGAAGACUAAAAAUCAGGAGUCACUUUUCGAGGCUCUACAGAGGGUCAAAGAAGAGCUAAUGCUUCUCGGGUUCAUAUCUCUUCUGUUGGCUGUCUUUCAAAAUCGAAUAAGCCACUUUUGCAUCCGGACUAGUCUUUUGCUCCACAUGCUUCCUUGCAAAGUGGUGGAUGGAACUGCCCCUGCAUAUGAGUUUCAUCGUGGGUAUUCGAGGAAUGUGCGGGGGCUUCUGUCUGAGGCUUCUGCAGCCGAUACUUGCACAAGCAGGGGUAAAGUACCCUUGCUGUCAUUAGAAGCACUACAUCAACUGCACAUCUUCAUCUUUGUUCUUGCUGUUGUCCAUGUUGUGUUCUGUGCCAGUACAAUGGUUCUAGGAGGGGUGAAGAUUAGGCAGUGGAAACAAUGGGAGGACGAAAUAAGGAAAGACAUCUCAGAGCAAGAAAACUCAUCUACCAAUGAGCAGAUGACAAGCGUCCAUUCUCACCAUGAGUUUGUUAAGGAGCAUACCGUGGGAUUCUGGACGAAGUCAGUUUUCGUAAGUUGGAUGAGGUCAUUCUUCAAGCAAUUUUACGGCUCUGUUACCAAAUCAGAUUAUCAAGCUCUAAGAUCAGGAUUUGUAAUGAGACACUGUUGUACCAAUCCAACCUUUGAUUUCCAUAAGUACAUGAUGCGUACACUUGAAGAUGAUUUCAGGACUGUUGUUGGUAUAAGCUGGUACCUCUGGCUUUUUGUUGUUAUUUUCCUGUUGCUCAAUGUGAAUGGGUGGCACACUUAUUUCUGGUUAUCUUUCUUGCCGCUAAUUCUUCUACUCAUUGUCGGGACAAAGUUAGAACACAUUAUCACCUGUUUGGCUCAAGAAGCUGCGAAGCUCAGGGAUGGUCAAGAGGCGCCUCGCGUGAAGCCAUCCGACCACCAUUUCUGGUUUCGUCGCCCCUGCAUUGUCCUCUACUUGAUCCACUUCAUCUUGUUUCAGAACUCAUUUGAGAUUGCAUUUUUCAUCUGGCUCUGGAGCACCUAUGGUUUCGACUCCUGCAUAGUGGAAAAGAUUGGUUACAUCAUCCCCAGACCUAUUAUUGGCAUUGUAAUUCAAGUUCUCUGCAGCUACAGCACACUUCCACUUUAUGCAAUCGUUACUCAGAUGGGAGACAUGUUUAAACAAGCAAUAUUCGCUGAGCAACUGCGUUUGAUGCUUCAUGAUUGGGCUGAAGAUGCUAGAAAGAGGAAGAGGUCCCAAGUCGGCGUUUCAGCGUUUGUGAAUGUAUUUAGUCACAAAGCCCAAAGACGAGAAGUUUCGGGAAGCAGAGUUCAGUUGCAGAAUGCGACUUCUGAGCAGGUUACGAGCUCCGCGAACACUCUACAGGUCGCUUCCUUGGAGGAGAUAGUUCUAUCAGCCGAGGAAAGUUCAGAAACAAAAGGCAUACGGCAAAAUGAAGCAUAACUUGGAAGAAGAGGGAGUCUAGAAGCAUUUUAUGGUCCCUUGCAUCAAAGAGCUUUACUCUAUGAUUACUCUAUGAGUUGUAUAACAUGUAUUAGUGCUCGAUAUCAGCUUCUGCUGGUGUUUCGCUUAAUCGACUCAAAUUACAAAACAGUGAUUAGAAUUGCAUGAAAGGCAUUAAGCCUUUACAUUAGAGGCUAUAUUAGCAUUCAGAAUUGGAUUGGAUAAGAUAUUCUAAGUUUGAUAGGAUAAGACAAAAAGAGCAAUGUCACAAGUAGUAACUCAAAUACAAUACGUUGGAGUUGCGAUUA